AAAGAGAGAGAGAGAGAGAGAGAGAGUAUUUUAUUGAGGUUUUCCUGUUUUCUGAGACUGAAAAAACCAAGGAGAAGCUCUCCAGCUCUAUAUUCUCUCCCGACUCUGAAAAGUGAAACCUCACACUCUUUAUCUUCUACCUCUGUACACACUCUCCCCCCAAUGAAGGAGGCCAGGCUACUCCAACCACCCACCACCCUCUUCCUCAGACCUCUAUCUUUUAGAUGACGAAACUACCCUCCUCCUCCGCCGUCGCCGUUACUCUCGUCGUUGUUAUCGUCAUCUCUUUCAUUAUCCCCUCAACUCGUGCCCUCGGCUCCGGCGACACCCUCGCCGUCACCUACUCCGGAAUAGUCUGUGGCAUCGUCGCCAGUGAGCCAUGGCAGAGAAUCCUCUGCUACCGCAAAGGCCAACAACCACUCGACGUAUUUCCCAACGUGUCUUUUUCCUCCAUCUCCGGUGGCCGGAACUCCAUUUGUGGCAUCAGGGCCGGUGGUAACAUCAUGCUUUGCUGGGACAAUCUCUUGACGGAGAACGCCACCUCCCCCGCAAGGACGCAGAGAGUUUACUUCAACAACACUGUUCGAUUGGAAAAUAUCGCCGUCGGCGAUCCCCAUAUUUGCGCGACGGUGAUAGGUACUGGAGCUCUGAAAUGCUGGAGGCACGACAGUGCCUUUAAAUUUCCGCCAUCUGGGUCUGAUCGAUUCGUUUCAAUCUCAUCUGGGCGGGGUUUUUCUUGCGGUAUUUUGAGAGAUAAUAACAGGGUUCGGUGUUGGGGAUCUGUUCCAAUAUUGAAUGAUAUACAGGGAGGGUUUGGGAAUAUGUCUAUGGCCAGUAUUACCGCCGGUGAAUCACACGUUUGUGGGUUGAAUAGGAAUGGGUUUUUGGUCUGCAAAGGGAGCAACAGUUCGGGUCAAUUAAAUGCUCCUCUGAGCUCACCGUUCGAGUUUUCUCGAUUGUCUCUCGGAGCUAACCACAGCUGCGUAAUCAGGGAAGGAAAUGGUUCGGUGGUUUGUUGGGGUGGCGGGGGACUAUUUUCUGUCGAAGCAAUACAAGGGGUCUCGUUCGAAACGAUUGUUUCAGGUUUGGAUUUCACUUGUGGAUUAACCACAACAAAUUUUUCAGUGUUAUGCUGGGGACCAGGGUGGUCUAAUAAUGGCUCUGUUGCGGAUCCAAAUUCUGUGCUUCCCUUACCGGAAAUUCUUCCCGGUCCUUGUGUUCAAUCGACUUGUGGAGACUGUGGUACAUAUCCUUUAUCUCAAAUGCUCUGUUCCAGUAAUGGACGUGUUUGCAAGCCUUGCGUGUCGUCUCAAAUACCAUCAACCCCACCCCCACCGCCUCCACCACAGCCAUUGCCGCCGGUUUCGCCGCCUCCGUCGUCGUCACCCUCCAGGGGUUUGAGGAGGGGCUUAUUGGCAUUUGCUAUUGUGGGAUCGGUUGGAGCUUUUGCCGGGAUUUGCACAAUUAUUUACUGCUUAUGGACAGGAGUCUGUUUUGGGAAGAAGAAAAUCCACAACUCGGUCCAGCCCACGAUCACCAGAGCUUCAAGCUCUAAUGGCGGAGGCGCUACCACAUCGAACACUAGCCCGCCGUCGAGGUCUUCAACCAUUAGGCGCCAAGGCUCGAGAAUUAUGAGGCGCCAGAGGAGCGGAACGUCAUCUAAACACGCAGACCGAGCUGAGGAAUUCACUCUCGCCGAGCUUGCCGCCGCCACCAACGACUUCUCUUUAGAGAACAAGAUUGGUGCAGGAAGCUUCGGCGUCGUUUACAAAGGCAAGCUCUCCGAUGGCAAAGAGGUGGCUAUCAAAAGAGGCGAAACGGGUCAGAAGAUGAAGAAGUACCAGGAGAAAGAGAUGGCUUUCGACUCGGAAUUGGCUUUCUUGUCUCGGCUUCACCAUAAACAUUUGGUUAGGCUUGUUGGGUACUGCGAAGAGAAAGAAGAGAGGCUUUUGGUUUACGAGUACAUGAAAAAUGGUGCUCUCUACGACCAUUUACAUAGCAAGAACAAUGUCGAAAAGAGCAGUAGUUUCUUGAACUCGUGGAAAACUAGGAUCAAAAUAGCUCUUGAUGCUGCUCGUGGCAUUGAAUAUCUUCACAAUUAUGCAGUCCCGCCGAUAAUUCACAGGGACAUUAAGUCUUCAAACAUACUGAUCGAUUCGAAUUGGACUGCUAAAGUUUCCGAUUUCGGGUUGUCAUUAUUGGGACCCGAGUCGGGUCGGGAUUUUCGGCCGACGAAGGCUGCGGGGACAGUUGGCUACAUUGAUCCAGAGUACUAUGGUCUAAACGUAUUGACGGCAAAGAGUGAUGUGUAUGGACUUGGGGUGGUUCUUUUGGAGCUUUUGACGGGGAAGAGAGCUAUAUUCAGGAAUGGAGAAGACGGUGGCACGCCAAUUAGCGUGGUGGACUUCGCGGUGCCGGUGAUUAUGGCCGGUGAAUUGGUGAAGGUUUUGGACCAAAGGGUUGGACAGCUGGAGCUGAACGAGGGAGAGGCGGUGGAAUUGGUGGCCUAUACUGCAAUGCAUUGUGUGAAUUUGGAAGGAAAAGAGAGGCCAACCAUGACUGACAUUGUAGCUAAUUUGGAGAGAGCUUUGACUCUCUGUGAUGACAGCCAUGGCAGCAUCUCUAGUGGUAUACUCUCUGUUCUUUCAGAAUAGGAAAGAAAAACCAGAAAAGAUUUGAUAAAAAAAAAGAUUGAUUUUUUUAGUAUUCGAUUUUCGUGUGAAGAUAAUUCUUGUGAGUAUACCAUUUUCUUUUCUUUUUCACCCGUGUAAAGUUUAGGACUUCCAAUUAACUUUGAGCUCUUAGUGUAGAAUUCCAUGAAACGCUAACAACUAGAAUGAUUUUAAAUGAUUGAUUUUCAAGUUUGGGGGCUUAUCUUUUUCACUUUUCACCCCCACACAUUAUUUUGAAGCCAUCAUGAAAUUCACAAACAUGUCUUGCUGUCUUCUA